CCCCUCCCUUCUUGUGACGUUAUUUCGGUCCCCAGGUAACGGCCCCACAGCACAGCGGGCCGGGCUGGCGUUGGGGUCCGGUCAUGGCUCUGCCGGUGCUGCCCGGCUAUUCCGUCGGCCGGAACUUAGGGAAAGAGAAGUUCCACAAAUCGCAGCUCUGGGGCUACUGCAAUAAUGUUGCUAUGCUGGUUGGGGAAGAUAAACCUGGAAUAGGAGGUGAACCACUACCUGGACAGAAGCUGAAACCUAAAUCCAGCGUGUUUCCUGCAGAUCUGGGAUGUGGUGUUCCUGCCUGGAUAGCAUUUGACAAAAAGGUAUUGUCAUUUGAUGCCUAUUUUGAGGAAGAAGUGCCUGAUAAAACUCAAGAACCGUAUAGAAUAAGAUAUUGUAAAAUAUACUUCUACCUUGAAGAUGAUACAAUUCAAGUGCUUGAACACCGAGUGAAAAAUAGUGGCAUAAAUCAAGGAACUAUUGUGCGACGUCAUCGGAUUCCACUUCCACCUCCUAAUGAAGACGAGUUCUAUACUGUAGAUCAUUUCAAUAUUGACACAGAAGUAAUCUUUUACUCUCGAAGAUACAGGAUUAUAGAUUGUGAUGAGUUCACAAAACAUUUCCUGAGGAAGAUGGGAUUUAAAUUAAAUCCGCCAGGAAAUCGUCCAGAUGACCCAUAUACCAAAGAGCGGCAAAAGAUCCAAGAUAGCAUCAACCCAUUGCGCCCUUAUGAGCGAAUUGACACUUUGAAACAAUUUCUUGAGCAUGAUGGCCACGUUCUACGCUUUUACUGUGUGUGGGAUGACCCAGAAUCCCUGUUUCACGACCCACGGGAGCUCGUUCUGCACUAUUAUUUGGCUGAUGAUACUAUUGAUAUGAUAGAAGUUAUGCCAGUAAACUCAGGCCGGGAUGCAGUUCCAUUUUUUCUCAGAAGAGAUAAGCUUCCCAAGUAUGCUCCAACUGGUUUGUAUCAGCCUGGCACAAUCACCAGUCGCACUGUUCUCAACGUACAAGGAAAUUUAGUAGGAAAUAAAGGCCGUUACAUUCUGGACAAUCGUAAGACAGGAGCAGUGCAUCAGGAAUUUUACAAAGACAGCGACCUGAAAAUAGGGGCAGUAAUUAAUGUUUGGGGAAGGCAGAUAAUGCUCUGUGAUUGUGAUGAAUUCACUAAAGAUUAUUACAGGACAAAGUACGGAAUUGAGGAUUUCACCCCAGUUCCAUAUAAAGCUCCACCACCUCCAAAAGCAGAAAAACCUAUUCCACCAUACACUGGAUUUGGUUCUGAAGAGGAUUCUCUGUGCUCCUGUUUUGGUUUUCUUCUCAAGCCUCCCCAGAAAGAUUUCAAGAAAUUCAUGGAAAAAGACAGAUGUGGACUUGACGGUAACACACUGCGCUUUCUUGCAAAGCUUGUUACUGAUAGUCCUAUUGACAAGGAUCGGAAAUUCAUUAUUUGUUACUUCCUGAGGGAUGAUACUAUUUCUGUUUAUGAACAUACACAGCGAAACACAGGGAUACUUGGUGGGAAGUUCUUGGAAAAAGGUCGCAUUAAGAAACCUGGGCAGGAGCUCUUUAAGAGUGAACCAUCUGAAUACUUCAAGGCUCAGGAUCUAUUUAUUGGAGCCAGAGUUUGUUUCCAUGGCCACAACUUUCUUUUGGUGGAUGCUGAUGAGUAUACUAUCAACUAUAUGGACAAGCAUACAAAUGAGUUCCCUGUGGCUGAUACUGGUUUCAUCUUCAAGAAACUGAAAGACAUAGCUGAACCUCGUUCUCGAGAAAUCAGACAGGUGUUUGCAGCUGCUGACCCUCAGCAUACCAAGGUGAUAGAAUAUGACCCAUUCAGAAAUUUAAUAGUCAGUAUCACGGAUGGAGCGUUUACAGAACAUGAGAUUAUGACUCUUGCACGCCAUUACGGAGAGAAAGAAGAAUACGAAAUAGACCACCACUUCCUCCUUGCAAAGGCUCAAGAACAACUAAAGAAAAAGAGAUUUGAGAAUUUUGAACAACUGACUACAAUACUUGUGUACAAUGACCGUGAAAAAUGCGGAGUGUUGCCCUACGAGACCUGCAGGACUAUUUGCAAGUCCUUCAAGUUGCCGUUGUGUGAUGAUCUUUUAGAAACUAUACUGACCAUGUUUGAAGACAGCCAUAAGCAAGUGGAAUACAAAAAGUUUGUGGAUGCAGUGAACUGGAGAGAGAAUGAAAUCCCUGCUUUCCAGACUAUAAGGUUUCCUUCAAAGGAUGAAGAUGACUGGAGCGGACAGCCACCAUUCCUUCCUGAGAAAAGAAUCAAAUACUUGCCUCUUCUGGAUGACCUGUUUGGCAAAGAAGAUUGAUUCAAACUACAAAAGUCACUGCUUUUGGAUUAGUGUUUCUGCUCCAACACUUACUUAGAUAUUGAAGAAAUUUCAUGAAAAAACAAAAACAAGACAGAUGCAAGUUUUAUUACACUUCUUACUUAAACAUUUAUAUGUACUUUGUGUACUUUUUUAACUCCUAAAUCAACAGCACUCUUUAAUGCUUAUGCAAGCAUAAUUAAAACUAUAAUCUUAGUGUCUGGUUAGAUAGAGAAUGUACAAGCAGCAGCAAUUACUUGAGUCGAAUACAGCAAAAUCUGACUGAUGCUACUUUGUUCUGCUAGCAGAGGAAGUUGUUGGAUAGCCUCUUGUAGUAUUAAGUCAGAUAGAAUUAGCACAGUAAGAUAAUUCUCUUCACACUUCCUUUGUUGAUUUUUACCUUCUGUCUGUCUUUUUGAUAUACCCAUACAGUAAUACUUCAGUACUAUAUGUAUCAAAGUUUGUUAUUUUACAGAGGAAGCAAUUGGAAGAUUUUAGAACAGUGUCACGUUGCUCUGGUAUCAGAGAUAAUUAUAACCUAGCAACAUAGAAGUAAAUUUCUUGCAGGCCGUGUACGAAAGCUAUCAACUCUUGAUUUUUGUUUUAGAUGCAACUCAGAUUGGCAACUGCUUAGUUUUACUCAGGUGAGCCAUGAAUGAAGGAAAGGUGCCCUGGUUCCAUCUUUGUGAGAUUCUUUCUUAUGAUGGCACUGAACUUGCCCUUUGAAAAAUUGAUACCUUUCUCUUUUCUCAAACUGGUGAUGACUAAGCGGAGCUCCUGUUAGCAUUUUUGUUUUUUUUUUUAAGCUUGAGUCAUCUCAAAGCCCUGGUUAGAUCUCAGUUUUCCGCAUGAGUUUGUGAGAGAAGGAAUUACUUCUAUUUAAAGGAUGCAAGUGGUGAAGGGAGGAGCUGACUCAUCCACAGGGACUCUAUGGUGAAGGGGAUGUGGUGUGAGCCUGCUGCUGGGAAGCUCACACGCUCAGUAGACUGAGAACCCUGUGCACUCUGUAAUCUAAAAUUGCAAUCUGAUGAGAAAGCUUGAUGCAAGAAGAUGAAAAUUAAGCAUUUUAAAAUCCCCAAACUGAGAGAAAAACGGUAGUUCAAAGAAUAAUUUGAGUUUUUUGAAACUUAUUAAAGUACUCCAAAUUGUAGACAAGACUAUGUACAGCUUUUUGGUCCAAAAGAGGAAAAUAGUUUCUUAUAUGACAAGAAAAUUACCUGAUUGUAGGCAUAGUGUCAGGAGCCAAAACAGUAACAGCUUGUAUUUGGAGUCAGUUUGAUGAAAGCUGAAGGUUUUUUUUUAAACAUGGCAGCAAAACUGAGUUUGACACUUUAAAUGAAUACAGUUGCCCUCAUAACUUCUCAGUGUGCCCAGAUUUCAUCAACAUAUCUUUCAGUUGUUGACAUCUUGUACAGAUGACAGUUUUGAAGGAAGAGAGUUUCUGAGGAUUGAAUCUGAAUGUAUAAAACAUCCCAAGUAGCUUUUAGAGACAGGAAAUUUCACUUAUAUGUGUAGGACAAAGGUUUUAAAAAUAAACAAAAACAAAAGCACCAGCAUAAGAAAUGUCAUAUUAUUUUGUGUAGAAUCCCAUUUGUAUAGGUCUGAUCAAUCAUGGUCUGGUAUGGUCAUGAUCAAGAAUGGUGAUUGCAAGCUGGAUCUAGAGCAGUGAAGAGCUAGAAAAGUGGCUAAGAGAACAGAAAUAAAGAAUACAAAGAAGUGUGGCUUAUUUAGGGAAACAAAAUGAAUGAAAUGUAUUACAAGCAAGGAAAAUGAUCUUUCAGUUCAGGACAUAGGUUGCCUAAGAAAAAGAAGGUAUGGUUAGCCAUAAAUUUAAAAUUGACAGCAAAAGAAGAUUUCUAACCUUCUAAAACAAAGAGGGUCCCUAGCAGGUUCCAAGAGAAAAGAACCCAGUUAAUUUUUCCAAUGGAGAUGGAUCAUCUGAUAAGGAUAAUUUUAGGAUAUAUCGCCUGUGAUACUGAGGAUUGUAUGUGGUACUGAAUGAUUCCUCCUAUGCAGAGUCCAUGGGAUGAGGAUUUUUUUUCUUCUUUUAAAAAUAAUAUAGAAUUAUCUGAUUUCUGA